AACUAUAGCCAAUAAAACAAUUUAAAAUAAAAACUCCCGCCCGAAGUGAUAAGACAUAAUAUAAAGAGAUAUAAUUUCAAGAGCAAAAUGGGUCGUACGUCAUUGAAUGGCAGUUCAGCUGCUGAUAAUUUAAGUUCCCUGUUUCGAGAUCUGAAUCAUCAUCAAAAUAAUCUUAGUCAAACAAAUCAAAACCAUCAGACAAAUGGAUUGGAUCAUGAUGAUAAGCCUAUCUAUGCCAUGGAUCAUUUGGCCACGUUUAAAGUGAAACAUGAAUCAGAGCUUAAGAAUCCAAUUGAGAAAAUUAAACUUCUCAAAGACACAAAUGUUUGUCCCCAAAAGAUGUUUAUGAAGUUUAAUGGACAAUGGAUUGUCAUACUCGAUCAGGAUCAGGUAGAAAUCGAGAGUUUUCCAGGCUCUUUGAUACAUGAACCAGCAGCCCUUAUAAGCAAAGAUCCACUCGAAGAAUUCAACAAUAUGCUGGUAUUUUCAGUAUCAGGAUCUGCUCUGGGAAAUACAGAAAUGCACGUUUUCCAAGUUGAGGAUGCUUCAGCUGUUGAAUUAGUAGAAGAUCUAAAACUCGUUCGCCAUGGGAAAAUAGUAACUCAACGUCGUAAUCGCAUUGAACCUAAGCCACUAAAACAUCAAAUUCCGAAUGGCAUAAGAGAUCAAUAUGGGAUCCGUGAAGCCAUGCUCAAAAGUCGUGACAGUGAAGAUACAAAAGAACGUGACAUAAAUGUUUUGAAUCAUUGCUUCGAAGAUAUUGAGAAGUUUGUUUUUCGUUUACAUUAUGCCGCAGAGGCUUUAGAUGAAUUGCAAAAUAGAAAACAACAAAAUAAACUCAAUUCAAAUCCUCAUGGUGAGGGUUUGUUGGUUUUGCGUUCAAGACCACCAGUUGAAAAUGAAUUUAUGGAUAUUUUUGCCAAGUUUAAGCUUGCCUUUAACUUUUCGGCCCGUCUUCAAAAACACAUGUCAAAAGAGAAGUCUCCGAUCGAUGAUAUGUUUGUAUCGCUAGGGACUAUUGUUGUCAUAUGCAAUGAUGUGUACGUCAAUCAGGGUAUUCCUCAAGGUGUAGUCAAUCCUCUUUUGAGAAAGGAGACAAUAAACUACAUGGAGUCUUGUGUCACUCCGUCACAGCGUGAUUUCUGGCAGUCGCUGGGGAAGAAUUGGACUCUUCCAAAAGAAUCUUUUAAGGAUCACAAAGGAUCUUACCAUCCGAUAUUCUUCGAUGACUGGUCGCCAGAUUUUAUUGUUGACGAACCUGUUGAGUAUAUACCUCCACCGCCAGUACAUAGUAACACCAAGACCGAGGGAAACCUCAUGCAUGAUAUUACAAAUGCAACCUGGCAUAGAAAAUUGAAGUCACGAAACGUCAGAAUAGCUGAGGUUACACAUCCAAGACCAGCACAUACAGAUAAGGAGCUAUCAGUUGUAAAGGGUGAAUAUUUAGAGAUUAUUGAUGAUUCCCGAAAUUGGUGGAAGGCAAGAAAUAAUCGUGGACAAAUUGGAUACGUUCCAAAUUCUAUCCUGAACCCACAUAAUUUUGAAACUUCGGAAGCUUCAACUUACUUGGGACAAGUAUCUGAUACAGAGUCGCUGUCAUCAUCAAUAAAUGAUCAGGCAGUGAUGGAAAGUGGAAAAGCUGGAAGAACUUCUUUAUAUGCCUACGAAACUGAGCGGGAAAUGCCGAAGCAGGUUCUGCCCAGAAGAUCAUUAAGCGAACCGUCACCACCACCUCCUCCACCACCGCCACCAGGCGAAACCCCUCCACCAACUCCAAUUAACAGUUUCCAAAAGGAAUUGGCAUUAGCCGGAGCACUUGUUGCUAUGCGAGCUCGCAACGAUUGUGACACUGAAAACUUAGAAUCCCAAGAUGUAAUACAAGAAGAACUUCGCCAAUCCAUGUUACAACGAGAGAAACGUAGAGAUUUAGAAAUUCUCAAAACUCCACAAAUCUAUAUUGAAGCAUCGUCAACGAGCAAAGAAGUUGAAGAAUGGUUACGUAAAAAAGGUUUCUCUGAUCAAGUUAUUAAAAAAUUGCACGGUCUAAAUGGAAGCGAAUUGUUUGCUUUACCCGAUGAAACUGUUGAUGGAUAUUUUUGUAAAGAAGAUAGUCAACGUUUAAAAUCACAAGUUCUAUUACAGAAAAAAUUCAGCGGGUUCAAGACAACUCGAUCAAAUGAAUUGCAAGCAAUUUUAGCACGUAGGCGAAAGAAGGCGGAUGCAACUAUUUUGGAAGAAGCCGAUGAAGUUUGAGAUAUUAAAAUGAUGAAAUGCGAAGAAAU